AUGCUGGAGAAAAGUGCCAGUGCUUCAGAGUUGAGCCUCAGACAAAGCGACGAAUUGCCGUUUAGUUUCCGCUCUCAAAGGGAUUUUAAUGCCGCACAAGAUCUGCUUCGAUCUCGAAGUGAAUGUUUUUUGCAAUCGAAGCGCGCGCGUGACAAACUCCUUCGCGAGGAGGAAAUAAAGAAUAGAACUCCAUGGGAUAUGAGACCUCCUGACUUCACACUACAACUCUAUCAGCCAAAGCCACCGAAAAGAAACAGUAGAUAUGCCAUGAUUCCCGGUUACAACGAGGACGAAUGGAACAAAAAAGCCAGAGAGAAGAGGAGGCAGCGAGUACAGUUCGAACCUAUCCCGCUACCAAAAAUUCUACAACCACCAGUAUCGGAUAAACCACCUUUUAGUACGCAGUUCCGUAUUCCUGAUUCUCAUCAAGCUAAAAUAAUGUAUGUGAGGAAUGGGAUUCACAGGAGGGAGCCUUAUACUGCACCAGGACCACAUGCCUUCAGAGGAGAUGAUUUCAGGCCGGUAAGUACUUCGGGUGGCGGAAAUUAAUACAUCUGUCUGCGUGAACUCAUUUGCUGGUGGUUUUUGUGGUUCAUUUACAGUUGUAUGUUGUUUGUUUUUGUGUAUGUUUUUGAAAGAUAAUGAGUUGAAAACAAAGGAGACAAAAACUGAACCAUGGUAGUGACACAAGGCGAAUUUAUACAGAAACGAAGGUGGUCGAUAAAACACUCCAGACCUUGGCCCAUUUCAAGGACUCCCCCAUCGCCUACCCCAAAAUGGACUACGCCGCUGAGGUUUAAUGAUUAGGGUUAGGAGACUGGGUGAAUAAGGUUCCAUUUAGGGUCAUUUUAAUGGGAAAACUGACCUCAAACUAAAUGAUUCAGUCAGUUUCCUAACCCUGACCACUAGUCCAAUGUACGUAGUGGACGUGGUACAUAGAGGUAGUCUAUGGACUGGGGGGUCACUGUUUUGUCCACUAAAAAGGAAUUACCCAUCUGAGCGCUUGUUUAUAUGAGGAGACAGCCGAGCUGGCUCACUUCAUGCCUUAUUUCCUCUUAAAAUUGUCGUUGUGUUUAUAUGACAAGGCAGGCUAGCUUGCUUGCCGAGAUCUCAGCUCAAGCAACCGGGGGAAAAAUCAACCGGAGAAUUUGUCUCUGGUAUAAAUUCUGCCACUGUGUGGCGACUCUGCACAGAGCUCCAAAUCAGCUAAGUGCCCUGCACAGGGUGGGCUAGUGCUAACCUUGGACAGGCCAUAUUAAGGGACUGCCACAUUUGUUCAGCAGGUUUCAUUAGCCUGCUAAUUAGCAGGUGCAGAUUAGUUUUUUUGUUCCUUUCUCCCCUUGUGGGACCGAGUGCAUCCUCAAUAUUUAAAGAAGAGAAAGAGAGAGAGAAAAAAAGAAAGAAAACCACCAGUGUGCGAACAAAAGUCAGAUAUUAUCUCAGAAUUAAUGUCUUUAUGUUACCUAGAAGCCCAAUAUUACUAUAAAGUUAUUUUUUUCAUUAUAUACUUCUGUCAAUAUCGAUGUAGCUGGAAAAUCCAAAAAAGUAUGGCCUGCCAGAGUUCACCACUGACUAUGAACAUGACCCUGGGAAUCUCAAGUUCCACUCCAGAAACUUGAAUGUAUUGUAUGAUCGUAAGUAAAACUGUUGCAGUGAUUUCUUUUUCCUUUUCCUUUUUGUGGUUAUUAAAAUAUCCUAUCACAUUACUGCCACAUUUUCAAAAAUUGUGUAAUAAUGUUGAUUGUUUUUCUUAAAUUUUAAAUAUUUCAACAAAAAUUAAUUUCAUUAUUUUUUUUUUAUCAUCUAGCCUACAAAGAUCAAGACUUCUUGAAUUCCAAAGAUGGCUACAGAAAACAGAUGGUAACUUAUAAAGAGAGGGAUCCAGAAUGGGAAUCGUCACUGAUCUUGACAAAAGGGGUAGGUACACUGGCCACAAGCUGACUGCAGAUUGACUUUGAUUGAUACCACAUUGUUAACUGUUUUUAAAGAGGUUCUGAAAGGCUGACCAUUUUUAACAAACUCCCUAAGGGAGGGUUGGAGUGGGGUCUUGGCCCUUAAAAAUAGCUGUGCAAGACUUUCCAUUGCAGGGUAAUGGCUAGAUACCGCUAUUUUCUGGAACCACCCAAUAAUGGUACCUUGUUAUCUACUGGUUCUUGCAUAAAACCUUUAAUAUUAAAGGGAUCAAACUUCCAAGCUAUAGAAUGUCUCUUUCCUUGUGUAUGCCAUAAACUUCAGACGAUUAGGAGAACACUCAACAUCUUGAACCAUCAUAUACUCAUCAUCACCAUCACCUUCAUCAUCAUCAUUAUCAUCAUCGUUAUCACCUGUCCAGUAACCUUGACUUCGAUACCACAUGCAGUAAGUUACAUCUCUACUGGGAUGAAUACUUCUAAAUAUUUUUGUAUUAAAGUAUGAACCCUGAUGUUCACAUCACAUUAAAUCAUUUUUAUAACCAGCCAUACAAAAGAGGACGUUCACCAAAGAGCGCUCUGAUGGACAGGAUAGCUCAACAGCUACCAUGGUGUUCAGAUCGCGACAAGUUAGAGGAACUAAGAAGACCAGAUAUCUUUGACUACAAAACAGUGGAUUGGUUAGAUGUGACAGCCCACAGAAAAGAACUCAACAGGAUAUGACAGAUGGGAUCACAUCUGCAUACUACUUCUAAAGGAAGGAGAAGGAAAAACUUUGAAGAUUCAGCCCUUAUUAGCAAAUCAGGGUUGCUGAUCACUGAGUAUGAAAUUGCUGCCUAUGGAAAGUAGGGGAACGGCCCCUCCCUCCCAACAAUAAAAACCCCUAACCACAAGUGAAGGGUGACAAGGAAAGGCUAGCUGACUGAAAUAGAGUAAAAAUUCACGUUAUUUAUGAUGCUAUACUGUCCAAACUGGGUUAACAAUGGGCAAUCUGACAUGUUCAAAAGUAGUAGCCUAUUUGAGAAGUUCAGUUUGCUCACCCUGAAAGGGCAGCGAUGUAAGUCUCAACAUCGGUAAGUUUAACUGACAUGAAUAGCAUCUUAAACAACAUUUUCACUUCAUUUUAUUGAUCUUUGCAAAAUGCUAUGCAGUUUUUAUUAGAUAUUAUUGACAAGGAAGGCCUCAUCUAAAAGGGUGUGUGAAAACAACUUAGCUCCAAGUAACUUUUGAUGAAUGUCUAAAUUCUUCCCCCAAUUUAUUUUGUGUAAUAAUGUUAAACACGGGGAGAACCUGACAUGAGAUCAAAAGUCAAUUUAGGGCUUCAUGCACUCUUUUGCUUGCUGACUCUAAGGACUUUGGACAAUAUGCAUGCCUGCUAACCCACAUGACUACACAAAGAGUCACAUUUAAUACUGGUAGUUCUUUUCUACAUAACUACAUGUGUUACUCUGCUAGCAGAUGUGAUUUUGCUGUACAUGCAGUGUUUUUUAGACCUGUCUUACAUGUACUUACUCAGGUGACGGCUUCUGCACCAGCUGAGCAAAACAAUUCAUUGAGU